AUUUCACAUGCGAGUUUUUUUUUGUUUCGCAAAGGAGAAAUUUUUAAUUUGAAACAACAAAUUCAUGGUGGUGUCGAGUUUUAUUUAUUUUCUGCAGUGCUAUACACCUGCCGUGACAAUGUUUGUGCAUAUUGCGUGAGUGCAUUAGUGGGCACCAGUCGUGGGAAAAAUAGACAAACACGCGAGUGAAGAGUGCGAUCAGUGAGCACACAAAAGUGCGCGCCAGCAUGUAAAUAUGUUCCGGAUGUCCGAGUGAGAAGACACCCGGUCCAGAAUGGCAUCGAACAGCGGUGGACGCGGGAAUACGGAUGAGGAGGCGCUUGUGGCUAGAGCUAAUGAGGAACGUGAGAAGCUCUUUCAACGCUAUGAACGUGGACGUGAAGCCGGGGCUGAAAUUGAUCCAUGGGAAGAUCCUGGAUUUGAAGUAUACCACCAGACAGAUCGCUAUGGAUUCAUUCAUGAUCGUCGACUGCCACAAAAGGUGAAUCCCAAUGAAGCAAAGGCACGUGCCAUUGAAUUGGAGCGCGUUAAGAAAUGGCUCAAGAUGCUGAGCAAGUGGAACAGCCGGGAAACGGCUGAGAAGCUCCACAGUCGAGUGUAUAAGGGCAUUCCGGACAAGUUGCGAUCAAAAGUGUGGGUAAAGCUGCUGAAUUUGGAGCAAGUGAUGGCUGAGCAGAAGGAUGUGUAUAAGAAUAUGCUGCGUCUGGCGCGUCAGUGUAGUACUGAGGCGCGUCAGAUUGACUCAGACGUUAAUCGUCAAUUUAGGGAGCAUUUGUUCUAUCGCGAACGCUACAGCAUAAAGCAGCAGAGUCUGUUCAAUGUCCUCACAGCAUACAGCAUGUACAACAUGGAAGUGGGAUAUUGCCAAGGCAUGUCGGGAUUAGCGGGGGUUCUGCUAAUGUACAUGGAUGAAGAGGAGGCCUUCUGGGCACUGAGUGUGUUGCUUGCGGAUAAGAAAUAUGCCAUGCACGGACUCUAUAUUGAAGGCUUCCCUAAAUUAACGCGCUUCUUGGCGCAUCAUGACAAAAUCAUUGCGAAAUUCCUCCCAAAGAUCAAGAAGCACUUUGAUCAGUUCAACCUCGACUCCAUUCUCUAUUCUCUCAAAUGGUUCUUUGUGAUUUUCGUCGAACGAAUCCCAUUUAGUUUGUGCUUACGUGUUUGGGAUAUUUAUUUGCUGGACGGGGAGAGAGUUGUGACGGGAAUGGCGUACAGUGUAUUGCGUUUGCACAAAAAUAAGAUCCUAAAGCUCAAGGAUAUGGAUCUGAUUGUGCAGUAUCUUCAGGUGCAACUUCACAAGGAUUUCGGCUAUGAUGAUGAUUAUGUGAUUAAGACACUCGAGCAGUGCAUGGAUGAACUGAAGAAGAACAAAAUGGACCUCCCACCACCGCCGGGUGCCAAUGAAUUGCCAAAGCGUCCCUUCGGGGAGUUUCGGGAGCCGAGCAUUGAGUCAAAGAUUGGCAGGAGAAAAUCAAUCUUCUCAGAUACUGAACGGGAAGUGACGGAAAAUGUGAUUUUGAGGCGUGAAUUGACGCAGCAGGAAAUUGCAGAAUCCCGUCUAUCAGAAGGUGCAAUGGGGGGAUCAAAUAGUCAAUUAAAUACCGUUCAUGUGGCCGAAUCGGAAGAUGGAGGUUCUCUGGGAUUGGGUAGUUCGAGAAAAUCACUCGCUGAUACUUCAGUGACUUCUACGGCGGAUUUGAGUAUCUUCUCGGGUGGUCAGAGAUCGCAUCAGGCAUUUGAUAUUUAUCACCAUCAAGAUGACACGCAGAGUCUCCACACAGAAGGUGGAGGAAUUGUUGAGGAUGAAGAUGAAAGCAGUCCAGGGUCUGGUUUCUGUUCAUUGUCAAUCGUGGGACGCACUCCCUCGACGAUGAUGAUCACUCCAACACCUCGAGCCAUUUCUCCGCAGGACAUUGUGCGAAUUUAUGUGCCACCUGCGCCUCCGGAGGAAUUGAAUGGGAGCGGUGGGGUUCAGCUGCCGGGAAGUGUGACAGAAGUGGGGAGAAAGAGGGAUUCUGUGGUGUCGGGAGAGGUGACACCAAUAAGGAAUUCAGCAUUGUAUCGUUCAGAGGAGGAAUUGGCACAGACUUUGAGAGAUAUUGAGAAUGGUAGGCAUUCUUCGUCAUCUUCCAGGCGUGGCAGUAUGUCACGGAAGUCUCCGUCGUCGGCACUUGAGUCGGAAUUUGUGAUUGAGUGUAGUCACAUGAAGGCAAAGGAGAGACCAAAUACUGUGGCAAAUGGUCAGAGAAUGACGUCAUUUGAGGAAUUGGCAAGGAAGGAACAGGAACGUCGGGGUGAGAGGGUGGUUGUGGGCAUUGACAAUCGGAUGUCCAGAAGUGAAAAUAGCUACGUGAAACCACCGCAACAUGUGUCAGAUGAGGAAGAAUUCAGCUAUAGCUAUUUUUCCACGCGAGCAGCCAAGGAGAAUAGCUCCAGGUUUGCCAGUGACUGCAAUAUUCAGUAUAGGGCACUGCCAUCGUCCUCCAGUAUCGAAUACAAGUCCCUCCAUAGGCCAGGUGAUGGAUUCCAUCAGCGUCUGAGGCCACUGGGAGCGGCGGAUGAUGAUGAGGACAGGGAGGAUGAUGAUAAUACCAAGAAGUCCUCAGAUGACAGUUCUUCUAGUCCAAAGUCGCUUCUAGCGACACCAGUCAAUGAAAUGGUGCCCCUCCUGAUGGGUCUUGGCUCCUCUCCGCCCAUCCAUGAACACUCCACCCGGGCGUCCCUGGGUCAUGAUCAGCGCAUAGCAGCACCACUUGGGGGCGCCUAUGACUUCACUGUGAAACAUCGGACGCACAAUUCAACACCGGAACCCAAUAAAAUCCGCAUUACCAUCCAGCAGAAGCAGAAUUGAGGCAAAUGAUGAGAUUCUCAGGAGUUUAUGACCAGGUAACAUGUUCCACACAAGACACACAGUUCACUACGCAAUUUGCCCCAAAGAAAAUUUAUAGAAAAAUCACGUUAAAAAAUUUCCCUGAUUUUUUAAUGCCAUUGAUUUGCAGAUUCAUUGAACCCUCUUUACACUUUGCAAAGCUGUAAAGUUCAUGCUCAGUGAACAAAAACACGCGUAAGACAGAAUAUAAUUAUUUUUCGGACAUGAACCUUGGAAAUUAACCAGAUUUAUUGCACAAAUUUCAUGAAAAGUGUUUGAAUUGGAUUUACAUUGAAUUUUUGGCAGACUAAUUCAGUUUAUUUGUCUUUUACCAGUAUAAAUAUUUUUACUAAAGAGAA